CAAGACGGAGAUGAUGAAUUCCUCGAUGAAGAAGACGUUGAGAGAUUCCUGCAAAAUGAACAAGAUGCUGCAUCAGAAGGCAAUCUGAUGAACACGAACAGUAAUUUCAAGCCACAUUUAGGCAUGCAGUUCAAAACAAAAGAAGAAGCUCAGGAAUAUAUAAAUUUCUACUCGAAACUAGCAGGCUUUUCAGUGGCUACUGUAGCAAUCUCCAGAACAACAAGCAAAAAGAGGAACAAUGAGGUGACAAGGAUCACUAUGAAGUGCAACAAGUGGGGCAAGACAAAGGAAAUAGAGACAGAAUGCGUUGUACCCAUGAGAAAAAGUACAAUCAUUGCUAAAACUGAUUGUAAAGUUGUGGUGGUCAUAUCAGAGAAAGGAGGUUUUUGGGAAAUUAAAAGACAACAACUCGAUCACAACCACGAGUUAACACCAAACAGUAGAUUCUUCAGGUCACAUAAGUACAUGUUGGAUGAAGAGAAGUGCUUGAUACAGGUUUUGAAGCAUACAAACCUGGAAACAAGAAGGAUUGUUGCUGUCCUAGCUUACUUGAGAGGAGGAAUGGCUCAUCUACCCUACACAAAGAAGCAUGUGACUAACUAUGCAGCAACAAUAAACAGAGAUAUCACAAACUCUGACAUGAUGGAAGUAGUGCAAAUGUUCAACAAGAAGCAAGCAGAAAAUCCUGGGUUUUGCUACUCGUUUGAGCUUGAUGGAGAGAAUAAAGUGAGAAGCUUAUUCUGGACAGAUGUUAGGUCAAGAAUGAUGUAUGACAUUUGCGGUGAUUGCAUCAGUUUUGACACUACAUUCCUGACAAACAGAUACAACCUAGCGUUUGCACCCUUUGUUGGAAUAUCCCCGCAUGGCAACACUUACUUGUUUGCUUGUGCCUUCAUUAUCAAUGAGACAAAAGAAACAUUUGCUUGGUUGUUUGAACAAUUCCUAAUGGCUAUGGGAGGCAAGCAUCCUAUAUCAAUCAUUACAGAUCAGGACAAGGCUAUGCAAGCAGCAAUUGAAAAAGUCUUUCCUAAUGCUAUCCAUAGGAGCUGCCUGUUUCACAUAAAGAAAAAGGCAGAGGAGAAAGUUGGGCCAUGUUUCCAAGCUAAUGAAGGCCUAUAUGAAGAUUUCAAGGACACUGUGGACAAAUCUUUGACUGUGGAAGAAUAUGAAACACACUGGCAAGAAAUGAUUGAAAAGUACAAAGUUCACGACAUAAAGUACUUCAGCGACAUGUGGGAAAACAGGAAAAAGUUCAUACCAGUGUAUUUCAAGGACAAAUUCUUCCCAUUCAUACAAACUACAACAAGAAGUGAAGGAACAAAUUCCCUCUUCAAAAAAGGGGUUGGAGCUAAAUUCAGUGCUACCAGCUUUUUAAGAGAGUAUGACCGGAUUCUUGAUGUUGUACAUGACAGGGAAGAAGAAUGUGAUCAUGUUUCUAGAAACAAGAAGGUUGCAAGCAAAGCUUUCUGGUCGAAAUACAACAUAGAAAGGCAAGCACAUGAGCUGUAUAACCUUGGAAUAUUCAGAAAAUUCCAGCAUAAAAUGGCAGACACAAAAAGGCUGCUUGUCUUUGAGCAAGAAAAAGACAAAUACUACAUAGUUACCCAAGCUGAAAACUACCCUGUAAAAGAACGCGGAAAAGGUUAUACCUAGUGCAAGUUGGACUGAACGAAGAAGAGUACUCCUGCAUCUGUUGUUCAUUCGAAAAAGAUGGACUGUUGUGCUCACACAUACUACGAGUAAUGAUCCAUCUCAACAUCGAGAAGAUACCAGAAAAAUACAUCAUUGACAGAUGGAGGAAAAAUGACUACAAGCUCGAUAUUACAAAGACACCAGAUGUUGCAGCAGAGAACUCCACACUAAGGUACAAUGUGUUAGCAAGGAAAAUGGUGCAUGUGGCAUCAAUAGCUUCAAAGAAGAAGAGGAAGUAUGAAUAUCUGCUAGGAGAAUUGGACAGGAUACAGAAAAUAUUGCGAGAAGUGGAUGAUGUAGAAGAAACUGGAGAUGAGGGUCAGAGUGUAACCACAAGAACAAUCACUUUUAUACCAAUAGCAGGGGGUGAAGAGGGGACAACCAUGGCACUGACAAUAGAAGACCCAGAUAUAGCCAAAACAAAGGGUAGGCCAAGGAUGCUAACUAUUCGCGAAUCAAUAAAGCAGAACAAGUUCUACAAAUGCUCGCACUGUGGGUCACAAAAGCACACUAUCAAGAAUUGCACCAACCUUGACAAGCAAUACAAUCUACCCAGAAGCAACAGACGAAAGCAGUCGAACCCUAGGAAUGUAAAGAAAGGUGGGGAGAAGGAUGACAGCAAGCAAAGGAACCGAGGAAAGAAGAAGAUGGACGAAUUAGCAACAACAAAGGCUUAGGGGACAAGAAUCUGAGGAGGACAUAGGAUAAGACAGAAAGGACAAGCAAGGAAGACGAC